UUAAAUAAAAAUAAUAAUUACAAGCAAGCAGCCAUAAUAACAUUAAUACAGAAGACCUUUGUAUUAGUGUUUAUGGUAAAUUACAAGUGUGGGGAAAAAAAUGAUGAGGAUAUUGAAGAUCUCAUUGAAGAAGUGUAUUGCAGCAUAGCAAAGUAUGACAUUAAUAAUAAUCGCAAUGUGGAACAAUAUAAACAAUAAUAAUAUGAUCUGAAACGUGCGAUUGAUCAAACUGUUUGUCAGUGUCCUUUGGCUUUCACCGAAAGAAAAGUUUAAUAGCUUGGCCACGUUAACUGCAGGACAGCCCCCCCUGAAUCCUUCCGGUAAAUUCCGGUAAAGUCUACCUCAGUUUUCGGUUUUCCCGUCUUUGAAAAGGCAGCCCUUAUGGUUGCAGCAGAUAUCUAUCACAUCCCUCAGCUGCCACCAUGUACUUGGAAGUUAAAGUCACGAGUCGACUGCAAACAUUUCUCCCGGGAGAACCGCGUAGAUGCUGAAUUGUUUUCGUAACGAUUUUUUAACGAGGCAUUCAUUUAAUUCGUUGCAUCAACAUCAGCAGUAAUGCAAUACAGAAACAGCCUUUCAUAGGUAGGAAAGGUAGCUGAGCCCGUUUGGACUUCCUACUUGGAAUUCCCAGUAUUUGUCAGCGUAGAGCGGGAAAUGAACAACCCAAAUACUGGCAAUACCGUGCCGGAAGCGAUGAUCUCCGCUAACCGGGCCAUUUAAAAUAAUUCGAAACCGAAAACAGUCUGGUCCAGCCCUCUGUUGCGUCAGUCCAUUCACAGAGCUAUUGGCUCAUUCCGCCGCCCACGGCCAACAUCACAAAGACCUCGGAGCACUUUAAAUCAUGACCAGGCGCUGUAGCUGCCCAGACAACUUCUGCUUCGUGGUCCUUUCGGUGCGCUCGCUUUUUAGCUCGGAGGAUUGUGGACCGCACGGAAAUAUUAAUAAAGACCGAUGAUUUGUUCUGAAAGUGUACAUGCAAGCAUUUUGGUCAGGUGUAACUAUCGAUAAGCAUCCGUGCACUUGGAGAUGCCAGUUGCUAUCAUGGACAACUUUGACCGGGGAAGUCCUUUCUCUCAAAGUGAUUCUCAAAGUCCUCUUGAUUGGAGCACACAGUCAGAGGACCACAGGCACCAUCGCAGAGAGAAAAACAGAAAUGCAGCUCGCAAGAGUCGCAGAAAGCAGACAGAAAAGGCAGACGUUCUGCAUGAGGAACUCCAAACCCUAGAGCAGUCGAAUGCCGCCUUCAUAAAAGAAAUCGCUGAACUGAGGAAGGAGCUUCAGUUCUACACCACAGCCUUGGAACAACAUAUACCUCAAUGCACUAAACUGUGUCCAUUCGAACCAACGGUUAGUGUUACAGGAGGUCCGUCCGCAGCUACACCCUCUACCUCAGAUAUCGGCUUCAACUCUGACCCCAACCUCCUGCCGGAACUUGCGUUCUUACCAGACACUAAUUCAGUGGACUUAUCUCUAACAGACCUCCUGGACAGCGGUGAUUGGUGUCCGUGGGAUUCGGUGAACGGAAAUGGGUGUCUACAGCAAUUCUGAGGUGCUGUACACAGUUAUUGUUCACAAGGUUUACACACUACUACACCCCUACUACUGGUGCUAAAAACCCACGAUCCAUUAAGGUGUGAAUAUGUUGUUUCGCAUUAUUUAUUUCAACAAUAUUGUGAUACUUUACUACGAUUUUAGAUACUGGCAUUAUAUAUUUUUGCAUAUGCAAGACCACAGCCUAUCUUAGGCUGAAUGAUUGAUAUUGAUCGACUUUCAUUUGUAACAUGAAAAUCUUCAUAAAUUAUAUUUUAAUAAUUUAA